AUGUCCACAAGUCCGAGUGGCGAAAGAACGAUUUGGGGCACGGUGGCAAUUCCCGCAUCUCCAGAGAUUGGCGCUACACAAAUUGAAAGUAGAGACGAUGGAUGGCUCAAUGAAGCCGAGCUUUUGUCCAACGCUGAUCUUUCUAUGCAGCUGGAUGCUAUCCAUAUUGCGGAACAAGAGGACAGGAGUAAGCCUGAAAUCGGCAACUCCACAGGAUCUACCGGAGGUGGUAAGAAGAAGAAGAAACAGAAGAUCACUCUAAUGAGCACCGGUGGCCGUAGAGGCUUCUAG